UGUGAAUUAAGAAAAGUAAAAUCCCCACGCAAGAAAGCUGUAGCUAUGGUUUUCUUGGUUAGAUUACUGGUGGCCCUUGUUCUUGUCGGGGUGCUUCUAGCAGUAGCACCGGCAACAGCUCAAUUAGCCAAGCCCAAUUGCCCAGACCAUUGUGGAAAUGUAAGCAUCCCAUAUCCAUUUGGCUUAAACUUUGAUUGUAGCCUAAACAAAGAUUUCCUUAUCACUUGCAAGAGCAGCAAGACCACCGAUUCUACACCUCCACAGAAAGAAGCUUUUUUGCGGGAUUCUAAUAUUAAGGUUAUAAACAUAAGUAUGGAUGGCGAACUGCAAAUAAGGAGCGAGGUAUCCCGACGUUGCUUCUCGUCCGGCGGUGAGGACUGGAGAACAAAUUGGCUGCGUUUGUCAAAGUUCACAGUUUCCUCGAAGAACAAGUUCACUGUUGUGGGAUGUGACAGCUACGCGUACCUUCUAGGGUCUCGAGCAGGGUUAAAGUACAGUGCCGGAUGCAUGUCCAUCUGCGACUCCAUCAAGUCUGUGUAUAACAAGUCUUGCGCAGGUAGUGGAUGUUGCCAGAUAGAGAUUCCUGAUGGACUAUCCUAUACAAAUGUAACAGCAUACAGUUUCGACCGCCAUGAAAAGGUGCAAGAUUUCAAUCCCUGCACCUACGCCUUCGUUGUAGAAGAUGGCAAAUUCAACUUCUCUAGUGAAUAUCUCGAGAAAAUCCCACAAGAUAAAAAGUUCACGAUGGUGCUUGAAUGGUCAAUUGAGAAGGCCGGUGAUCACAAACUAAGCUCUGCCUGCAAGGAUGAUGCUACGAGUUAUAAUCUAGACAACGAUUCUGGAUAUCGUUGUAAAUGCAAGGAUGGGUACGAGGGGAAUCCAUAUAUUGGCUGUAGAGACAUCGACGAAUGCGCUCGUCAAAAUAACUGUUCACACAAAUGCACUAAUACGGAUGGAAAUUAUACGUGCACUUGCCCGAAGGGAUACCAUGGGGAUGGGAGAAAAGACGGACAAAGAUGCACAGCUUCUCAAUUUCCCCUUAUGAAGAUAAUUAUUGGUGUUGGCAUAGGAGUUAUAGUCUUGUUUGUUGCCACCUCUUGGCUCUACUUGGUUUUAAAGCAGAGAAAGCUCAUCAAACUUAGAGAGAAAUUCUUCAGGGAAAAUGGGGGUUUUAUCUUGCGACAGAAAUUAUCUGGACAACAAGGAAACCCUGACAUGGCAAAAAUCUUUACAGAUGAGGAGUUGAAGAAGGCCACCAACAAUUUUGACGAGAGCACCGUCGUUGGCAAAGGAGGCUUUGGAACUGUUUAUAGGGGAAUUUUAGCUGACAACAGAGAAGUUGCCAUCAAGAAAUCAAUCUCCGUUGAUCAAAACCAAAUCGAGCAAUUCAUCAAUGAGGUGGUUGUGCUGUCUCAAAUUAACCAUAGGAAUGUGGUCAAGCUUUUGGGUUGUUGUUUAGAGACUCCAGUCCCCCUGCUAGUUUAUGAAUUCAUCUCCAACGGUACAGUCUUCGAUUGCAUGCAUAACCAAAGAAAUGCAUCAGCUCUCUCUUGGGAGCUACGUCUGAGGAUAGCAGCAGAAACGGCAGGAGCUCUAUCUUAUCUGCAUUCUGCAGCUUCUGUACCGAUCAUCCAUAGGGAUGUGAAGACUACCAACAUGCUGUUAGAUGCUAAUUACACCGCAAAAUUGUCUGACUUUGGAGCUUCAAGAUUAGUUCCACUAGAUGAAACUCAGUUAUCUACAAUGGUGCAAGGAACACUGGGAUACCUAGACCCAGAAUACUUGCGUACAAAUCAACUGACUGAGAAGAGCGAUGUGUAUAGCUUUGGAGUAGUGCUUGCGGAGCUACUAACGGGCAAGAAAGCACUUUCUUUCGAUCGGCCUGAGAAGGAAAGGAGUCUAGCUGCGCAUUUCCUUACUCGUGUGGAAGAGGGCAAAUUGUUUGAAAUUCUUGAGAGGCAUAUUGUGAAUGAGGGAAACGAAGAGCAGGUAAUGGAAGUGGCUCGGCUGGCGAAGAGGUGUUUGAAUUUGAAAGGGGACGAAAGGCCUUCCAUGAAGGAAGUAGCAAUGGAACUGGAAGGCCUCCACAUGAUGAACAUGCAUCCAUGGGCGGUUGUGAAUGCAGAGGAAACAGAGUACUUGCUCACCAGAGAGGAAUCCAAUGCUUUCAAUAAUGGAGACGGACUCACUGCAUCAAGUGCUGGGAUUGAUAGCAUGAAGGACAAUUUACUUGUAUCAGUAGGAGGUGGCAGAUGAAUUUAAUCGCAUCAAUGGUAAGCUUCUUCCUUGUUUUAUUUAUUUAUUUUCAUUUGAAGUACGUUACUCAGUUCUAUUGGCAUAUAGUGUUAUGUAAUCCUACCAAGUGACACGUACUAAAAUUUGUAUAUUUAUAUUGAGUGAUAUAUUUUAUUUUAUUUUAUUUUUAAUAAUAUUAUAAUUAAUAUAUGAAUAUUAAAUAUAAU